CUGAACCAAGGUUUUGAGGGCCUUACGUACAUCUCAAUAUGGACAGCAGAGGGCAGAGUCUGGUUGCUGCCAGAGCCACAGAGAAGAAGGUGUUGGUGUCCACUAAAGCAAGAGCCAAUGACAAAACUGCCCCAGAGCCUCGAGCGGUGAAAGGGAAAAGUUCAAUGGGAAACAUUUUAAAUGGGGCACCACCUCCCUCUUUCACUAUCAGUGGACUUCUCAUUGCCUGGAGACUGACAAAGAAUCUGAAGGAAAGAACGGCAUUGAAGAUAGCUGCCAAGAAACCAGUUGUCACCAAGAUUGUAAAUGAAAAGGUACCACCUUUUCCCUCAAACCCCCCUCAGAAAUUCUCCACCUCCCCUGUCCAGAAGUUCCUGGAAGAGUAUCUACCCAGUAAGCUCAACAUCAUCUCCUAUGAUCCUGACAUUGCCAGAAGGCUCACGGUAGAAAUGAGCAACAAAAUCAAGGAGUUUGCCAAGGGGAGACUGCCGCCCAGGUACAAGUUGGUGUGCAUCGUGACGGUGGGCGAGAGGUGCCAGGAGGAUGCCCUUUUGACCAGCCGUGCCCUCUGGGACACCAAUGCUGACACAUUUGUCUCCCACAGUUAUGAGAACAGGACCAUGUUCUGUGUUGCCAGCAUCUUUGCUUUGUACUGUGAGUGA